AUGGCCGAGACAACAACGCAGUGCGUUACCCAAGCGAAGGGCUCGAGGACACCUGGCCGCGGUGCGACCAUCAAUAUCCCCUGCUCGAGCGGACCGGCGAGUCGUCUGCGGAACGCUAUAGGCUUGCCGACACCAAGUCCAGUAACCCAGAACGGAAGCUUCGAGUUUGAUCGUGUGAUCAAGUCGGGCUACGUCCACAAAAGGACUCGGAGAACCAAGGCUUGGAAACAGGUAUUCCUUGUUCUUCGGCCGAAUUCGCUCUUCAUCUACAAAUCCGACAAUGAAAGCAAACUGCGCCAUAAGCUGCACCUACCAGACCUCUCGGCCGCCACACCACUCAAAGACCCGAAGCAGAGGCGCCAUAACCUCUUCGGACUAUUCUCUCCCGACAGGAACUACCAUUUCGAGGCGCCGAGCACGAAGGACGCGCAGGAAUGGAUCAGUCUGAUACGGCAGGAUGCGAGGAUAGAGGAAGAGGAGGAAGAGAUGUUUCUGGCGAGCCCCAUUGUCCGCCGCCAGUCUUAUGCUCCAGCUGCGUUAUUGAACGAAGGAGCCGAGAGACCAAAGGAUAUGCCAAUAACAACGGAUAGGGGGAGAGCAGUAGCGAGCUCGCCGGAACCCUGCGACCGUCCGGUCUCGAAGUCGGCAGCGUCAGCCAGUAGACGACUGUCGCAUCACGACUACUCUGGUAUGUCUGGGAACGAGCUGGCUUCGCAGUCGGACUUCUCAGACACGGAGCCUCAGAGAGCUCAUGGGGCCUCACUAGAGAGCUUCACGAUACCGUCUACUUCAGCGUCAGCGACACAACUAGGUUCCAGUUCAAAGAACCGCCCAAUGUUGGAAAAUCGAAACAACAGUCAGCUGAGUGGUCUCAAUAUCGAGCGUGAUCCAGACCGGGUUGUAUGGCAAGGCUGGCUCUGGUACCUCAAGGGCAAGCGUGGGGUCAGGCAGUGGAAGAACUGCUGGGCUGUCCUCCGGCCGAGAAAUCUGAUCCUCUACAAGGACGAAUCCGAGUAUACGGCUUCAUUCAUCUUGUCGCUGUCGACCGUGGUCAACGUGGUCGACAUUGACCCCGUCAGCAGAACAAAGCAGCACUGUCUACAGGUCAUCAGCGAUGAGAAGGGCUACCGUUUCUGCGCCCACGACGAAGAGACGCUAGUCCACUGUCUGGGCGCCUUCAAGAGCCUCCUGUCCAAGAGGAAGGAUUUGCAGGCACGGGCAGCCGCAUCUGGCAAUGUCGCGACGCAGCAAUAG